AUGUUCUCUUCGAUCGACGCGCUUCUGUGUCCGGUGCCUAGUGGGAAAGCCGUGACGAGGUCAGUUCCGCCGGAGGCACAGAAGCACCUGGAUGAGGUCCUCCCGUCAAACUUCUCGACAUCCUCAUUCGAACGCUGCUGCAACCACUCCGAUGCCUGUUUUGGUAUUUAUUUUUUCUGUUUUCUUCACUUUUUUAAUAAUUACUGAGGUACUGAGCUCAAACAGUCUGUGAGAAAUACCUGAAAGGAUUUUUUUUUUUGGUAAGCUGGAUCGGGCGGCAGAUACAGAUUCGAAAAAAAUUUUUAAAUCUUCCCGGGACCUCCUUGUAACGUGUUCCUAUACAUCUUCUCCUUCUAACACGCCCCUUUAGUUCUUUUCCUCUAACAAGGAGGGUCAUUUUACUUUGAUCAGAACACUCCUUGAAGUACCAAAAAAGGAUUCUGAGAAUCUAAACCUGCACAACUUCUUUGUGAAAGAAAAGCUUCGAAAUUCGUCAAAAAGGCCAUUUCCGAGGCUUUGAGCCCAUAUUUCUUGAAAACUAGGAACUUUGCAUUUUAGGUUUUCAGGCCCUUGAUUUGGCACCUCAAGAGAUGUUUUGACAAAUUUUCAGAAAAUUCAAAGUAAAAUGACCUUCCUUGUAGAGUGAAGUAAAAACUUGAUUCACUUAUGAUUUGAAUCCUGCUCGUCGAAUCGUGUCAGUAAUACAUAGACAAAGUUAGAAGAAGACUUGAGAUUCCCACAAAAAAGUGGAAAAUUUCACUAAAAUUUGAAUUGAUUUUAUCUAGGUCCAGUUGCUUUAGGUAUUCUUGAAGAGUUCGAAAAAAGCUUUGUAUUCUAAUGUAUUCCAGAAGACAAAAGCAAGAAGAUCGAAGCCGGUGAGACGACGAUGUGCUGCUCGACGCCAGCCCUCGGCUAUCCCCUACUGCACCCAGCGAUACCACUCAUCUACGACCACCUGGCGAUGUCGUGCAACGCCUUGACACCACCCACGUGGCUUCUAGAAGCAGCGGCGGUGAACGCCUGGCAGUCCUGGGGAAAGAUGCGACGACCGCGCACCGCCUUCAGCAGCGAACAGCUCGUCCAGCUCGAACGCCACUUUGCUGACAACCGCUACCUCAGCCGUCCGCGUCGCUACCAGCUCGCCCAGCAGUUGUCGCUUUCCGAGACCCAGGUUUGAGUUCUAACAAACCUUACGGACAAUAUUUUUAUUAUUUUUUUUCCGACUUCUCUCUCAGUCUUUUUUCAAGCUUUUCCAGCCACUUAGAGAAAAUAAGAAACUUCAAAUUCAUCUUGCAGGUGAAGAUCUGGUUUCAAAAUCGAAGAAUGAAAAACAAACGCUGUGGUCCGUCAGCUACUCCGACUGCUUGCUAA